AUGCUGCCAGAUCAUUCCUCACUCCUCUCAAGAUACAUUAAACUCUUGUUCCUGGCCUUAGCUGUCCUUGUGGUCCUGGCUCAAGCUUCCCCAGGUGGAUGGUUCCAAAAGUGCUUUUAUAGAAUUGGCCAAUGCAGGCCAAAUUGCCACGAAAAUGAGAAGCAGAAAGGAAAAUGUAUAGGGGGAAAACGUUGCUGCCUCCCUAUGGUAAAGUCGAAAUCAUCAAGCCUUCCCGAGAAAGAAGAGAUGACAUGUAAGACUAGGACAAAUGAAACUAGCCAAAGAAUUUUAACAGACCUUAUAAUGAGUCAGUGA